AUGUUAGGUCCCUUCUUGUACCACCUCUUAAGGAGUACAGUCAUUUUUGCGCUCCUGAAGAAUGUGUCAUCCGUCUCAAUGAACGCGACCAUUGAUGAUGAAAAUGGGGACUCCGUAACCGGUGCGAAGCCGAUUUACAGCGGCACAAACUGGAAUUAUGGACCUGGCUGCCCUGGCUGCAAAGCCCAGCCAGACAUUGACGACACGUUCGACCGGUCAUGGCAUGAUUUCACCGCUCAUCCAACUGACACUGGACCCCACACGAUAACACUCACUUUCACCGGCACUGCAAUCUGGAUCUACUGCGUGAUCCCGAACUACAUUGAGGGGGUGACUACUCUGACGAACGUCAGUAUCAACCUGGAUGGGAAGGAUGUCGAUUUAUACACUCACAUGCCGCUGGAGGAUACAACCGAGAUGUACUACAACGUUUCCAUCUACACCAACACAGACCUGGCGAACGCGAUGCACACAGUCGUUCUAAUGCCAACGUAUGAAGUGAAUGCGUCGAUCAUUCUCUUUGACUGGGCACAAUACACGUAUGAAGAAGAUCCUCCAUCGACGCAGCCACAGUCUGCCACUCCCACACCUCCAUCGACGCCUGCCACUCCCGCAUCUCCAUCGGCGCAGCCACAGUCUGCCACUGCCACUCCUAGCUCUGCUAUAACUCAGUCAAAUCCUUCUUCAACUAGCAACAUCGACAUGCCUUCCAAAGGUUCCACGGGUGCUUUUGUAUCACGGCCACAGUCCUCUCCGACUGGUAUUUCAACAUCGAACGCGCGCCUACCAACUCAAUCCCCGUCGAAUGGUAGCCCCAAUAGUCCCACGUCCUCUGCUACUUCCUCAAGGGUUAAUAUUACUGGCAUCGCAGUAGGUGUCGUUGUCGGGAUAGUUAGUCUUGUCAUCCUCGUCGCCGUGUUCUUGUGUUGGCGCCGCAAAGGCAGGAACAGGGCCAAAGGGGUUUUCACGGAGCCUUUCACGGAGCCGUCCUCGCGGCUGCCACAUAUCGAUUCAUCUGCGACUCUCUUACGAGUUGAAGAGUCUCCCCACAAGUCUAGUAUGCCAGAGGUCGAGCAAGAGCUCCCCCACACUGACCCACGCGGGAUCCGGCACUCAACCCUCCCUCCUUCCAAUAUAACCCCUGCAGCACAAUCGGCUGAUGCAUCUAGGAUGCCGUAUAUUGCGGGAGCCGACGAUAACGGGAUGGUAGACAUGAUCCUGCGUAGGCAGGUCGCGAAUCUGCAAUUGGAAAUGGAGAGGUUGAGGGAGGUUGCGGCAAUCACGCCGCCACCUGCAUACCAAAGGGAAUAG